AAUGCAUUUUUAAAAAUUGAUACUUACAUAAAUUAAACUAUUAUCAAUUUGGGUUGAGUUGAAUAGGUAAAAAACAUUCAUUCAUUUUAUCGAUAAUUGAACAAAUUCUCACUUUGUUAUUCACGUUAACUUACAUUUAUCACUUUAUUGUUUACAUAUACAUUUUUCUAUACUCUCCAAACUCAAUCCAACUUGAACCCACUUUUCUCAAGUUUUAAAUUCAAAACUAUGGAGACUAAUUUUAUUUUUUAACAUUGACACAUCAGAAACAGUUAAUCAUUGUUUGUCUUUAAUAUUUUCACCUAUAUAUAGGAAGUUGUUCAUAGAUUACCUUUCUCAAACAUCUUAUUUAUGGUAACUUCUUAGUUUUACCCUCUUCCUCCCUGUUUUUCUUUGCCAUUCCUUAAACCCAUCUUCUUAUUCUCAACAUGAUACCUUGUUAUUAUUAUUCACUAUUAAUUUUUUAAUUAAAGAACUAAAUUGUUCGUUUAAAUUAUCUAAUCAAUAGGUUAACGUUUUCAAUUUUAUUGAUCUCUCCGUUUUAGAAGAAGAAAGACACCAAUAAUUAGUUCAACUGUAUAUUCGUUAAAGAAAUUAAAACUAUCGAUUCAACGACUUAUUAUAAAUAAAACAAGGACAAAAUUAAUUAGAUGAUGAUCAAGAAAAUAAUUAUGAAUUAAUUUAGAUAUGUUUUAAAUAUAAGAGGGAUCGUGCUUUAAAUGGUAUCAACUUUAAUUCUCAUGCAAAUAUUGCAACUUUAUGAGUGUACAAAGAUUAGAUAUAAACAAGCAUAUCAAUCAAUUUUUUUAAAAAAAUUAGAAAACAAAGUGUAUUUCUUUCAUUUUCAUAAUAAUAGGGGUUUAUAAAAAGGCUAAUUAGUCCCUACCAUUUUCCUUACUCAAUUCAUUCAUUAUUUCUUCCCUUUGGCUAAGGUGCAUGCCUACAUAUAUCUAACUAUAUAAAAUGUUUUCUUUUUUUCAAAAAGAAAUUAAAGAAAACAAUAAUUUUGUUUCUUGGAUGUAGGUUUCUUCUAAUCAAUCUCAUGGAAGAAAGCUACAAAAUGAGAAUGAGUCAAAGCGGAGGAAUUCCAAUGAUGGCGGCGGCGCUGCCACCAUUACCACCGUCUUGUUUAGGAAAACCAACAAGCAGCGGUGAGAAAAAGUUACCAUUCUUUCAAUACAACACGAACUUAAACAUAUACGGAAAUGGGAAAAGUAUCCUUUCUGAAGGAGAAGCCACCACAUCACUGCCACCGAAGCAAGACAGAUCACAAGUUCCCGACUCCGACAAAGACCUCACUGCCGAAGCCAAACGACUAAGAAGGGUGAUGCAAAGUAGACAAUACUCUCAAAAGUACCGACUCAAACAGCUUCAUUAUAUUACACAACUUGAAUCAGAACUCAAAGCCCUUCAAGCAGAAGUAACAAUUACCUCACCAAGGAUAAAAUUCAUGGAUCGUCAAAAUUCACUACUUCGAGCAGAAAAUUACUCCAUCAAAGAGAAAUUAUCUGCAUACACAGGAGAACUUUUAUUCAAAGAAGCUCAAUAUGAAGAAUUGAAAAGAGAAAGAAAUAUGCUGAAGGAAAUUUACGAAGCAUAUCAAAUUAAAUUGGUGGAGACUUUGAAAAGCUGUAACAAUAAUAUAUCUGCUGCCAGUGGAAGCACUUUUCAGUUGGUUGAAAAUUACCCACAAAUUGCUACCAAAUCAAAUCCAUUUACCAUGCUUGAAAAUUAAAAACCAAAACCUCUCUUAUUAUAUCUAAUAAUAAGACAUUUUGAUAUUGAUCAGUACCCUGUAAUGGAUGUAGGGUUUUGUGUGUUUUGAAUUAUGUUUUGAAUUUCCUAUGUAACUUUGUAGUGUUGAAUUAGUUUGAAGGGAACUCCUUUCUUUGUAGUUUAAUUUCUAUUUUUUUUCUUUCUAUAUUAAAUUGUGUAGCGUUUUAAUGUUUAGGGGCUGGCAUGACGAUGAUGAAAUGCUAUAUCCUUCAAUCAAUAUUUC